GGGAUUAUUUUUUGCCCUUUUCCUAUCACCCCCCUCGCAAUCCCCUACCUCAUCAAUGUAGGGACAGUACACUGAAAUCCAACCCUAGCCCAGAAAACUCUCUCCUCAUAGUCACUUCCCAAAUCUUUCAACUUACUCUUUUCAAGCUUUUUUUCCUAUUUUUGUUUUUUGUCAUUUUCAAGAUUAUUUUUUUUUUGUUUCUUUUUUCUUUGUUUUGAGUUGAGUGAAAAAUGGAGGUGAACAGUUUCAGCUAUGAUGUAGAAGCUUUUGGGAAAAUAGUUAUGAACUCUGUUCUUGAAGCUGCUGUUGCUGAGAGCCUUUUGGUUGCUCAGAGAUCUGUUACUUGUCUACUCAUGGUGACGGGCUGUUUGCUGAAGGAUGGUGCUCCAUUGUUGGAGUUUAUAACCCCCGAUAGAAGGUUUCCCUUUGCGGCGCUUAAUCAAAAGAAUGAAACUUGUCCUGAGAACAAAGAUGGCAGUGAUACAGAGAAUGAUGAUGAAGACGAAGAUGGAGAUGCUGAGGACCAGGAUGAUGAUGAUGAUGAUGAUGCAAACGAUGAAGAUUUCUCCGGUGAAGAAGGGGGAGAUGACGACGACGAUGAUGAAGGUCCCGAGGAGGAUCCUGCGACUAAUGGCAAUGAAGGGAGCGAUGACGACGACGAUGAUGAGGAUGGUGAUGAUGACGAAGGAGAUGACGAUGAGGAAGAGGAAGAGGGAGAAGAUGAGGAUGAAGAGGAGGAUCAACCACCUGCUAAGAAGAGAAAGUGAAGUGUUUUUCAUAGAUGUUUAUAUUCUGCUUCUCUAUCAUGGUUGAGGAGAGUAUGUAGUGGAAAGAGGGAGGUUUAGCUUUUGUCUCUGACAAUGUACGAAAUUAACCAUCCUUGUUCAGAACAAAUGUACUACUUUUAUCAUGUGGAUUGUUACUUAUGCUACAUGUUCCAUUUAAUUGUUCUA